GCUCCCUGUUGGCACGGCCCGUCUCCAACUCUACUCGCUCGGCACUCCCAACGGCAUCAAGGUGUCGAUUCUGCUGGAAGAGCUAGGCGUCGACUACGAUGCCCACUGCAUCAACAUUGGCACGGGCGAACAGUUCACGAGCGGAUUUGUCGCUCUGAAUCCAAACUCCAAGAUCCCUGCGCUUCUGGACCAAGAUGGCGUCGAUGGCGCCCCCCUCCACGUGUGGGAAAGCGCGUCGAUUGCGCUGUACUUGGCCGAGAAGUAUCAACAGUUCCUCCCGUCCAACCCCCGCCACAGAGUCGAGGUGAUGAACUGGUUGUUCUGGCAGAUGGGUGGUCAAGGCCCCAUGACUGGAAACUUUGGGCACUUUUUCGUGUAUGCACCUGCGGACAAGGGGGCCGCCCGCGACUACGGCGUCGCCCGCUACGGCAUGGAGACGCAGCGUCUGUGCAGCGUCCUGGACAAACACUUGGAAGGCAAGACGUACCUGGUCGGGGAAGAGUACUCGGUGGCCGACAUGGUCGUGUUUCCGUGGGCGAACCAAGUGGACACGGGCUACAUCCACUCGCCGUCGAGCCGUACAGCCAGGGACUUUUUGUCGUUUGACAAGUACAAGAACAUUCACGCGUGGAUGGCGCGGAUUCGCAGCCGCCCCGCUGUGCAGCGAGGACUGGCGGUGUGCACGAACGGCGUGGGGAAGCCGUGGCUCCAAUAACGGGUGAA